AUGAAUGUGGAGAUUGAACGUCCACGUUCACUUUCUCGUAUUACCUUAGGCGGAAGUCAGACAAGUGAUGCUGAGUACAUGGAUGCUAAUGAGAAUGUUACAUAUGAAAACUCACUUGAACUCUUGGAUACAAUAAGAGAGACUCAAAUUACGGUCAAUUUGUUUUUGAAUAAUAAAUUUGAAUUAGCAGAAGAGAGGAUGGCUGGAUUAUGCUCACAGAGUAUGUACCAUGCUUUAGGGUAUAAUACGAUUGUGUUCAUAAAGGCUCUGAUGACUUGUGAUAAAAAAGACUUGGAAAGAUCAAUGGAUGCUUGUAAGUCUGCCACAAAUGUCAUUUACGCUUUUCGACAAAAAUCAUCAUUGUCUGAGACAUUAUUUUUCAAAUCAAAAACAUGGACUGAUGAAGAAUUACAUGCUGAGCUGUGUUAUGCUGAAAUACUACUUAUUCGUGCCGUAUUGACGUUCUUUCAUGAUGAUAACUUUGCAAGCUUCAUUAAAGGUGCUCUGAACAUUCGAACGUGUUAUCGUCUUUAUCGAUCUUGUGAAAAGAUGAUGAAUGAUGAAGAACUCUGGAUUGGACGAGAUAAGCAAGUUCGUGAUCAGUUUGAAGCUGGAGUUCGUAUGGGACUUGGAACUUUCAAUUUAAUGAUUUCCACAUUGCCAUCUAAGGUACUCAGAUUAUUGGAAGUUGUUGGAUUCACGGGAGAUAAGGAAACAGGCAUGAGAGAACUGAUUCAUUGCUCAUCGAUGACAGGAACAUUACAUUCACCUCUAUGUACUCUAUUACUUCUUACAUGGCAUUUGGUUGUCUGUUUCGUUUUUGGAGCCGGAAAACCGGAUAUCGCUCUAUGCCAUCGCCUGUUGCCAUCUAUGAUCAACAAGUACCCAAAGGGUUCCUUAAUACUCUUUCUGCGAGCUCGGCUGCUCUUAGUUAGUUCAGACAUUAACUCUGCCAUUUAUUUUUUCAACCAAUCUAUUCAAUGUCAAUAUGUUUACAAACAGUUUCAUCACGGAUGUUAUUGGGAGUUACUAUUUGCCCAUAGCUAUCUAGGCGAAUGGUCUAUAGCAGCCAAUUAUGCAAAGUUAUUAGUUAACGAGUCUAGAUGGUCUCGAUGUGUAUAUACUUAUAUGUUGGCAAUCUUUUUUGCUGCUGAUGAAAGCACAGAUCCACAGAAGAGAGAUGAGACAGUCGCAUUGUUGUCAAAAAAAGUAGAUGGUCUACGCUACCGAAUAGCUGGAAAGUCUAUUCCGAUCGAGAAGUACUGUGCUCGAAAAGCAAAUCGCUAUGUUAAUACAAAAUCAUUUUUAUUUGCUCAUUAUGAAUUCAUUUACUUCUGGAAUGGAUUUGAUAUUCUGAAUUCAAACAAACCUCUUUUAGUCAAUUUCUACAAUGAUAUUGAAUCAACAUGGUCAAAACAGAGCUCAACAGCUGAUGCAGAUGACAGAUGUUUAUAUUUUUUUUUGAGAGGGAUUACGCUUCGUCAUUUACAAAAAUAUUUUGAUGCUGAGCAGUCGUUCAAUGAAAUUCUCAAAGCUUCUCAACAAAAUUUGAUCAAAGAUCUUACAUAUCUUUUACCCAAUUCCAUCUAUGAACUGGCUCUCAUUAGAAUAUCUGAAGGAAACCGAGAGGAAGCCGAAGAGUUAUUAGCGAAAGCUCGACAAAUCAAAGGAUAUUCGCUUGAAAACAAGCUUCAUUUCCGAAUUCACAGUGCAAUGGAGAAUUUGGGAGCUCGAACUCCAAUUAUGUGA